AGGUGAUGACUGCCCACUUAAGCUUCAGUGUUAUCACUUCAGAUCCAGGGGUUUCCCUCCCAGGGUACCAAGGGCUUUCCAUCCUCCACGCAGGAUAGAAAACCAGUUCCCACGCAUUGUGGAGAUCCGCUGUGCUUCCAGCAACAGACUACUCCUCCAGGCAAAAAAUAAAAACACGGGUUUUGGUGACAGGCACCAUGCGCAAUGACUGACUCCGUGGUCGUAUCCAGGCGCUGCACAGAAAUUUAGUCCGCAUCAUUCCCUGACAGCUCCCUGAGAGAAGGAGAGGAGAAAGAAAAGCAGGGCUGGAUUCACAGCCUGUGAUAUUGCAGCAUGACGGACACAGUGAUGAGCAGCAGCUCCGAUCGCUGGCAGUCCAACGACAGGCAGAGGACCAUGCACGCUAGUGAUAAAGAGCAGGGCAACUGGACCAUGCAGCAAGGCCCUGGUCCUGGUCCAGACCUGACAGAUGAAGAGAAAGAGAUCAUAAACAAUGUCAUCGCCCGUGCUGAGAAAAUGGAGGCCAUGGAGCAGGAGAGAAUUGGGCGCUUAAUAAACCGCCUGGACGACAUGAAGAAGACUGUGUGUGGGGAUGGACAGUCCCGCUGUUUGCUGUGUGGGGAACAGCUGGGUUCACCUGGGGUCAGCUCAGUGGUGUGUGAGGACUGCAAAAAGAACAUGUGUACCAAGUGUGGUACACAGUGUAGCAGUCGGCCACGCGCUGUCUGGCUAUGCAAGAUCUGCAGAGAACAGCGAGAGGUGUGGAAGCGUUCUGGUGCCUGGUUCUUCAAAGGUUUCCCUAAGCAUUUCCUGCCGUCGCCCAUGCCAUUAUCUAAAGUAGGAGAGCCUGGUGCCCCAGAGGUGGCAGAGCCCAAGGCGACACCAGCCUCUAAGUCCAGGCAGGAAGUAACCAAACCCCAACCACCAGGACCAGAGUCACAGGGCCGUGCUGGUUACCCACCUGUGGCCCCUAAACCAUCAGUUGGCCGCGUGGCCACGGGCGGGGCUGGGCCUGAAGAGGCGGGGCAGGGCAGCCCAAUGGUGAUGAAGAAGGCAGUGCCCGUCCAGAGCUCCAGACCUCAGCCUGCUGCAUCAGCCACCAUGGCCCAGCAGGGUCCAGCGGCGGGAGAUGGAGGGGCUUACUCCUCUGGUGCGGUUCCUCCGGAGCAGAGAGCGCCUCCUGCGGCGAGAGAGGACAAGAGGCAGCCCGCUGCCUACAGCACUCCUCCGGCCCGACAGCAACCUCCCCCAGCUGAGGAGGAGGAAGAGGCCAACGAUUAUGACUCUGAUGAAGCCACCACCCUGGGCUCUCUGGAGUUCACUCUGCUCUACGAACAGGAAAGCAACAGCCUGCACUGUAGCAUCCUCAAGGCAAAGGGACUGAAGCCCAUGGACUCAAAUGGACUUGCUGAUCCUUAUGUCAAACUUCAUCUGCUGCCCGGGGCUAGUAAGUCUAACAAGCUGCGCACAAAGACCUUGAGAAACACCCGCAACCCUGCGUGGAAUGAGAAUCUCACCUACCACGGCCUGACUGAUGAAGACAUGCAGCGCAAGACCCUCAGGCUGUCUGUCUGUGAUGAAGACAAGUUUGGGCAUAAUGAGUUUAUUGGGGAAACCCGAGUGGCGCUGAAGAAACUGAAGAUGAGCCAGAAGAAAAACUUCAACGUGUGUCUGGAGAGAGUUAUCCCGGCAAAGAGAACUGCAGCAGCCGGGGGAGCCAGAGGCAUCGCUCUCUACGAAGAUGAGCCAGGGAAAGAAGGCGGAGAGGUGGAGGAGCGCGGCCGGAUUCUGAUCUCCCUCAUGUACAGCACCCAGCAGAACCGUCUCCUCGUGGGCGUUGUGCGCUGUGUUCACCUGGCUGCCAUGGAUGCUAAUGGAUACUCUGACCCAUAUGUCAAAAUAUGUCUGAAACCUGACAUGGGGAAGAAGGCCAAGUGCAAAACACAAAUCAAGAAGAGGACUUUAAACCCAGAGUUUAAUGAGGAAUUUGGCUACGAAAUCAAACACAGUGAACUGGCCAAGAAGAGUUUAGAUAUCUCUGUGUGGGAUUAUGAUAUUGGGAAGUCCAACGACUACAUCGGUGGGUGUCAGCUCGGUAUCACUGCCAAGGGAGAGAGGCUGAAGCACUGGUACGAGUGUCUGAAGAACAAGGACAAGAGGAUUGAGCGCUGGCACACCUUGUAUAACGGAAAUCACGUCACUAGUGAUUAACUACUUGCCCCCGACACAUACAGCAUGAGCUAAAACCUCCCUACUUGGUUUGCGUUCAUCUCCUAAUGCACCCCCCCCCCCCCCCCCCCCCCCCAUUUUAUUGUGUUAUCUAUUCUUUCACUACCUGACCAUCACACAGGCUCACUCACCUCCCUCCCCCUGAUGUAGUAUACUCUUCUUUCCUGUCCUCUUAUUAACAAUUUCUCUGCCUGUGCUGAUACUUAAUCUUCCUCUGGGACACAUCAUGGCUUAAAUGAAUUAGAUUUGUCACUAGUGUAACCAGCUGGAUAAGGACCAUCCUGCCUGUCAGCGAUGUUGUGUAGUGCGCUGAACUUGAUAAGAAAAAUGAAUUGCACUGGCACAGAACUAGAAAAAGCAAUAUGUUAUGGCAACUGAGGUCAAAGACCUUCGUUAAAAGUCGUAAAAGCCUUGAUUGAGCUCGCAGAUUCAUUCGACUGUCAGGGUUAUUAUUUUUUGAUUUCUCGUAGGAUUACAUCAUGCUGUAGUGCAACACUUUGAACUGUAUAAGCAUGCCAAGCCACAGACAUAAGAAAAACAUGCAGCCUCACCUUCAAAUAUUUCAACUGUGCCCACUGUCCUGAACAUAAUGUAUAUUUCCAUAAAGAAAAUGUUUACAUACUGAUACAUCGCUCAGGUUAGGAUAGACAUCUGAUACACAGAUGAUUCAUAAGUCAGUGGACCAUGAGCGAGAUGAUUCUUUCAUCGAUUUCUGUUCAUUUGUGACUUCAAAUUAUAGCACAGCUAGUUAAACAUUAGGAGUUUUAUGUAUGGUUAUUCAAGCGGUGAAUUAUGAUUUGUGGGAAGUAUUAACUGUGUGAUUAGAAAACAAUAUUUUAUUAUUUUUCUGUUUAUUUCUUAGUUAUGGUGAGUUGAAUUGGCAGGAACAAGGAUUUUCCUCCUGCUCCCUCUUCUGAAGCUCGGGGUUCGCUCUGACGCCUCAGAGGUUUUCUACUGUAGCGUUCACACCGAAUGCACACGGUCAGGUCUCCCUAACGAAUUUGGUGGAACAGAUUAUGUCAUAAGUAUGUGCAGCUUUACCUGCAUGCACUGUCACUCGGGCGUGCCUGGGGCAGUCUGCUUUUACCCCAACGCACAAAGCAGGACCCUUUUCCCCUCUGCCACACCCCAAUCAUUCCAGGCUUUAGUGUGUUUGUUCACUAAUCACAGCAAACCAAGGAAAGCACACCUUACAAAGUGGAAUGACCUCAAUUUAUACUGCUGUUUGCAAGUUAUUCCAAUGUCAAAAAUAAAGAUGAAGAAAAUCCUAUGCAUGAAAUGUCUUGUGGUUCAAGAUAUAUAUACUUUGUAAGAAAUUAAUGCUAAUGUAAUUCCAUAAAUGUUUACACUUUGUCCCCAUAACAUUCCUGAUAAUACUUUAUAUACAAGAGGCCAUAUUCUGCAUGACUAUGGUGACUAUGGUGUAAUCUGAAUAAACUGGUCUGAUAGCAUCCACAGGAUAGGCUGAUAAUCAACUGAGCACAUCAACAAAAGACUUCAUUCAACUCUAUCCGUAGCAGAUAUUGAGAUGAAUCUCAUUCUUUGAAUGACACUUUCUGUACAUACACAUUUAAAAUCUCUCCAGUGUCUUGUUUUCUCUGCACAGCCACUCUACCCACCAGUAGCAUCAUACACUGUCCUAUGUCGUGCUACUUCUGCUACAGUGAUCAGAUGAUGAUGAUCAACCUAAAAAAUAAUCAACAGUGUUUAUUUUUAUUUUUAAAACAGGCUACUCUCUGAGGUAAACCCAUAGCUGUCUUCUACUCGAUUCUGCCAGUUCAGUGGAAUGUUUCUUGGUUUAUCUCUGUAUUUGUACAUAGAUAGUGCAUGCACUGGAAAAUAUGUAUGUUUGCAAAUAACUUUGCAUGUAAAGAUUUUGCAGAGAGUUUACACAAAUCAAUAAAUGAAU